AUGAAGUCAAAUACACCAACACCACCAAACCCCAGCAUACCAUCAUCAAGCAGCCGCAGGUCAAGACUCAUACCAACAUCAUCAAGCAGCAGCAGCACCACCAGCAAGGCCGCAGCCACCACCACCGCCCCCAAAGAAAAACGCCGCUCCGUCCUAGCCUCCCUCAAGGAGUGGGUGAGCACGAGCGAGCCCUCGGCAGAAGCGUGGAAGAAGCACACGCGCGACGCGCACAAGAACGCGGGCGUCUCGCGCAAGGACCCGCGCGCCACGGCAAAGCUGCACCUCCCUGCCGGCCGCAUCCCUGAGGACGCCAUCCGGCCGUCCGGGCGCGGGCCGGACCCCGAGGAGCUGGUGAUGCGCCGCGCCGAGGAGGCGAGGGCCGCGUUUGCGAGCUCGCUGGGGCCGUCCGGGCUGGCGCUGCACAGGCUGGGGUCCAGGACGUCGCAUGCCGGCUCGUCGCACUCGACAGAGUCGUAUGCUAGCACGCUCGGGACGCUGUUUGAUAAGCCUGAGUGA